AGCGAAAACACUUAUUAUAUCGUUGAUCUAGGCAAACUAUUCAUUAUAGGAGUAAUUGUCUAGAAUAACAGAAACCAUACUCUAACCCCAUCACUAUUCUCCAAUUGUAGGGUAUGAGUCAUUGGGUGUAGGACACCGACUAUUGAUCUUUAAUGCACUAUUACGAAAUUUCGCUGAAUCACAUAAAUUCAGUGUUUCUCUUGCUCUCUGUAAUGGAUUACAAGUAAAAGCAUGCUCAAUUAUGCAUACAGACGUUGAUAUAUUGAAGAAUACGUUCAAAAUUUUGGAAAAGUAAAUGCUAGUUUAUAAAAAAUGCUUCCAAAAAGUCAAAUACAGUGGCCGUUUGAAACUAUCCGUUUUCGGCUGUAUUUUUUUCGCAAUUUUUUAAAGAAUAUUCAGCAUAUAAACGGCUUGUCCACGCGCAGCGGCGUUACAUUUUUAACACAGUUUUUGACAGUUUUCUCUGAAACUAAAAACGAUAGAAACCCCGUUCGAACGUCAAUCGACUCAGCUCACAAUGCUCUGUCUGAGAGAAAAGUAAAGAAAUAUGUUCUUUGUUAUCUAGUGACUGAAAAAAUUCGACCAAUCACAAGAAAGCAUGCAAUAUGCCGCUAUAGUCGAAUUGUUACGUUUCAUUUAAAAUUUCUCUAUGGUGCGUCCGCAGAUGGAAAAAAAUAUGCUUCUUUCGUGUACUUUUUACGGUUUUUUGUGACACAGCUUCAUUGGAUGAAAGUUUCAAAAUUAAAUAAAGUCACUAGUUAUAAUAUAUAACAACAGCCAAAACGAUAUCGAAAAUAGAAGCGACUACCUCUAUUUCGAUUGACUGAUACAGCCGGCCUAUCAUGGAUAGUUUUCCAUUCUGUUCAACAUCUUUAUUUUAUUUUCAUUUUUAUUUACUCCUUCAGUGUAUCGUUUAAUCUGAAUAUCAUUGCGUCGUGAGUUGAGUGAAAUCUGAUUGAUAACAAUGACCUAAAGCGUGAAAAAUGGUUAUUUUUACUCAGUGAAGUUUUAUAAGUCAGUUUUAAUGGGAGUAGUUUGUGCUCUUCUUACUUACAGAAGUAGUUUUGAUCUACGCUUGACAGGCUUAAUCAGCUAUCACUGUUUUCAAAAAAGGAGAACGCUUAUAACGUUUUAAUGAAAAGCGAUAAAGACCUGCGGUUUUCAGCAUUCGAAAGAGCAAGCAGUGACAGAUAAACCUACGGGAGAAGAAAAGUUUUCCAACAUGUUUUUCUAGCAAAAUAUAGUAAAGCAAAGAUGGGAAAACACGGAUUUUUCAAAAAAAAAAUUUUAUUGAUAGUUUUUUGCAUAAGUAGGUAGUCGGUCGAUCACUCUACACAAUAGGAACCAAGUCAGAUCUCCAUCUCUUAUCGUUCGGACAGCGCUCGCUUUUCCCAAGGACUCUCUCCUCCUGCUCACGUCCCGAAAUCUCAAAAACACCUGAAGUAUAGGUUGUGGAUCACGCUGACCGUCGUGGGAAUGGUUGUUUUCAAAACAGAAGCCAAAAGAAUAUUAGAAAGUGAAAUUUUGUGAAAAAUCGGUUUUAUGCACUCGUAUAUUCACAAAUCUUUCAACUCGGUCAUUUCUGGUUCUGAAGAGCUCAAAUUUUCAGGAAAUGUCCAGAACAAGUCACAAAUUAUGAAUCGAGUCGAAAAAAUUGCUUCAGAAACACGGACGGAAGGAAGAUUUUCCAGAACUCUUCUGAAAAAUCUCGAUCGAAGAUCAUGGUUUUAGUCUAUUUUAUAUAUUUACUUUUUGAAAAUAUUUUUGUCUUAAUCACUAUUUUUUUUUGGAAAUCACAAAAAGAAAUGAAGCAAACUGUCGCUAAUGCGUUGCUUAUUCGGCUUUUGUUUAUUAUUUUUAUCUGCGGAGGAAAGUAAGAAUAUAAGUAUGUUAGCGUCUGCCAGUCACUAAACUAGCUAGUUCAUCAUCAUUUUCCCUUCAUUCUUCCCCAUUUUCGUUCUUUUUUUUUUUUUCUACUUUCUUUUUCCUUUCCCUGUAUGUGUACACACAGAGAGAUAAGUAGAAGGAAAAAGUUAGAGACGUAUAAGAGAAAAAACCCACAUAUUUUAUAACAGUCAGUCAAUCAGUUUAGUUCAGUCGGUUCGUUGCGUAGAUCGAAGUAGAACUGUACGUCUCUUUCAUUGUUUACAUUUUUUUAUUAUUAUAAAAUAAAUUAUUUAAAACUACAGAUUUGACUUCCACUACAUAUCAGUCAAAUCUAUAUGUCUUCUUAGGCUGAAAGAUUAGUGUUCAGUAUUUUUAUUCAACAGUUUGAUCAUUUACUUAAAACCAACUUGAUAUUUUUUCUAGAAAUAAUGUCGCAACAACAACCUUCUGUUAAUGCUGUUACUGAUCCACCGCUUUAUCCUCCUGCUGUUGUUCAACCAUCAGCGUCAUCUUCGGCACCAAGCACUUCAGGUACUACAGCCACUCAUCCAAGUUUAGGUCGUGGACGAGGCCAUUCAACUGUUCAGAAUAUGCCCCCUCCAGAACCCAAUUUGGCUACAAAAACAGUUCCACAGGAUUCUAUUGUUUAUUCUGUUGGUGAAUCACAGAAACAAGAUUUAGCAGGUCAAAAUCUGGAUUUGAAUUUGAAUCCAGUUCCAGUUGAUAAGUCUGAAGAGCGUAAGAAAUGGAAAGAUCGUAUUGCAGAUGGUGCCAUUGGAGUGACAAACAAACAAGUUCAAUCAGGAAUGGCAAGAUUAUUUGCAAUGAAGAGAAUAUAUGAAUUAAUGAAUAGUGAACGUGAAGCGGCAGAGCAGUCGCCGUCUACAGAAUUAUACCAACUCUGUGUUCAAUGUGAAAAAGACAAUAAAACAACAAAAGUAAAGUCGAGAGGUGUUAAUGCAAAUCAAGGAUUGUGUCUAAAGCAUUAUGAAUUGCAGACAAAAUCGUGUCCAAGCCGACCAAUUGCUGGACAAAACGUUAAAACACAAGAUAUUGAAAAAAGAAAAGAACCAUUUAUAAUAAUGGACGAUUUAAGCAGACGGUGUCAAUUUAUGAUGAUGUUAGGUCGUCAACGUUUGUUUCUUUUGAGAGAUUCAAAUUCUAAACAACGACGCGAUUUACUUUCGGAAAAAAAUUUUGAAAAAAUUGACCAACAUAUUGUGAACAAUGCUGGAACUCUCCUCAUUAUUGGCUAUGAUGGUGAAACUAUGAUAAAUGCUUUCUUUCCUGCUGGCAAACAAGCUUUCGAUUGCUGUCAGGAGUAUCAUACAGCUAAAUUUGAAAUGAAUAUUGAUCAAACAUUAUCAUUAUUAGAUGCAACUGAUGAAGCGAUAAGACAACAGCAGUUAAUUAUUAUACAGAAAAAUAUGAGUACUGAAGAAGCGAUGAAGACCUUCAAAAAGUGA